AUGCUGGAAAGUUUGCAGCUCAGUCUUGAUGGAAUCUGUUGUGACACAGAUAUCGAAUCGUGUCUUGAGAUGGCAUCAAACCGCAAUCUGCGUGAGCUAAAGAUGGAACAUGGUUUGUUGUCGUCGCGUUUGGGCUUACCAAGAAGAAUGUGUGAAACACUAGUGGUCAUGCAUCUCAGUUAUGUUGUCAUCGAUGUUACUUUAGUCACAAGCUCCUUUAAGUCGCUCAAAACUCUGCAUCUUCUAUCUAUGACGUACAAAGACGAUGAUAGAUCCUUUAGAAGAUUUUUAUCCAAAUGUCCUGUCCUUGAAGAUUUGUUAAUAGAGUACCAUCCUUACUCGCAAACAUUGACAGUUUCGGUGCCUUCCUUACAAAGGUUAUCCAUAAUACAAUCACCAAGCAGAUGUUUUCGGUUGAAAACUCCGUCUUUGAAGCACUUGAAGAUUGAAUGGUGUCCGACGAAAUUGUGCCAUAUUCAGAAUAUGCCGGACAUUGUAACGGCUGAUGUUAAAAGCCUUUUAACCAAUCUCCGGAAGCUUCCAGGGUCUCUAACAUCAGUUAAACGUCUCUCUUUAUGCUUGAUUGCUCCUCUAGGAAAGGUUCCGCGGAAACCAACAAAGAUUUUCCAUCAGCUUCUUCAUCUAAGUCUAUGUACAUUUUAUCAAGAUUGGCCGAGUUAUCUUAAGUGGAUGAUAGAAGCUUCUCCUAAGCUACAAACGCUAAAAAUCCACCAUGAUCAUUUAGAUAGGAGAUAUACACAUCUCUCUGGCGAAAAUAGUAACAUACCUGAAUGUUCACUGCCCCAUCUGGAAAUAUUCGAGUGGCGUGGAUACGAAGGUACACCUGAAAAUAGGAAGUUGGCAUCUUACAUCUUAACAAACGCAAGCGGCUUGAGAAAGGCGAUAAUCUCUCCGGAUCUCAAAUAUGCGGAUAAGAAGAAAGACGGGAUUCUCAAGGCCCUUAUGCGUAAAGAGUUUUCACUACUCUCUCGAAAUUCAAAUACUCCCUGUCACAUCAAACAAGAAUCGGCAUGGACCAUCACGAGAGAGGACGUGGCGGACGCCCACCACUUGGGGCAAGAAGAGGACGCGGACGUCCACCGUUACCGGCGAGAGGACGAGGACCCGUUAAGAGGACGAGGAAGGGGUCGUAUAGGAUUUGAGAGGUUUACGCAAGAGAUAGAGAUCCAGAUUCAUGAAGGGGAAGACAUCGUAUCUACAGUCGAGAUGUAUGCUUUGAACCAAGGGUGCUCCUCCAUGAUCAUCUCCCGAGCUACAGGGAUCGUUUCGGAGCUGACGGUAGAGGGCCGAGGAGUAAUCCACGCCGGACAAUACGAGAUACAACAUUUACGUGGAAUUUGGUCAGAAGUUUUACUCAAUCAACAUCAGUUCUUGCUCAUUGUCUCUUUGAGAGAUAUGAACAAUAACACAUACAUUCACGGCAACUCUCGAUUUCUUCUUGCUGCAAACACGGUCACGGUUCAUAUUGAGCUCUGA